AUGUCGGCGGCGGCGAAUACGGCGGCGAUGAGGAUGACAGUCAAAGCUAGCUCCGCUUUGAUGAAUAGCAGCGGCAACGAAGGAACUUAUGGUAGGGUUCUGGAAAAGAAUGGAAAGGUAAUUGCAUAUGCUUCCGGCCAACUGAGUCCACAUGAAAAAAACUACCUGACUCAUGAUUUGGAGCUUGCCGCAGUAGUUUUUGCAUUGAAGAUUUGGCACCAUUGCUUAUAUGGGGUGACAUGUGAAGUUUAUACGGAUCACAAGAGUCUCAAGUACUUUUUCACCCAAAAGGAGUUGAAUAUAAGACAACGACGAUGGUUGGAAUUAAUCAAAGAUUAUAAUUUACAAAUCUUGUAUCAUCCGGGGAAGGCGAACACUAUUGCUAAUGCCCUCAGUCGAAAAGCAAUUGGGAACUUAGCUUAUUUACUCACUGGACAAAGAGAAUUGUUUCAAGAGUUAGAAAGACUUGAAAUUGAAAUUGUUUUGCAAGAACAAGGUGGGACUUUAGCUGCUUUUACUGCACAAUCGGUACUCAUUGAGGAAAUUAAGGAGAGACUGCAACAAGAUGAGUUCCUAAAGAAAGCGCUUGAUGAAAGAGAAUCUAAACCGAGACCGGGUUUUAUUUUUGAGAGUGGGAAAUCUAUUGCAUCUCCUGGUCGUGGCAUCCUUGCCAUUGAUGAAUCAAACGCCACUUGUGGGAAGAGAUUAUCAUCUAUUGGCCUGGACAACACUGAAGUGAACAGGCAGGCUUAUAGACAGCUUUUGCUGACUACUCCUGGCCUGGGUGAGUAUAUUUCUGGUGCGAUUCUUUUUGAGGAGACACUUUACCAGUCGACAACAGAUGGGAAGAAGUUUGUGGAUUGCUUAUGUGAGCAGAAUAUUGUACCUGGAAUCAAAGUCGAUAAGGGUUUAGUUCCCCUACCAGGAUCCAACAAUGAAUCUUGGUGCCAGGGAUUAGAUGGAUUGGCUUCUAGAUCUGCUGAAUACUAUAAGCAAGGUGCUCGCUUCGCAAAGUGGCGCACAGUUGUCAGCAUUCCUUGUGGUCCUUCUGCUUUGGCUGUGAAAGAAGCAGCAUGGGGACUUGCUCGUUAUGCUGGCAUUUCUCAGGAUAAUGGUCUCGUGCCUAUUGUGGAACCUGAGAUUCUUCUUGAUGGGGAGCACCCUAUUGAGAGGACACUAGAGGUUGCGGAGCGUGUGUGGGCAGAAGUCUUCUACUACUUGGCUGAGAACAGUGUGAUGUUUGAAGGUAUCUUGCUUAAGCCCAGCAUGGUAACCCCAGGAGCUGAGCAUAAGGAGAAAGCUUCUCCAGAGACCAUUGCCAAACAUACACUCACUAUGCUUAAGAGGAGAGUGCCGCCAUCAGUUCCAGGAAUCAUGUUCUUGUCGGGAGGACAAUCUGAAAUGGAGGCAACAUUGAACCUAAAUGCAAUGAAUCAAAGUCCCAACCCAUGGCAUGUUUCUUUCUCUUAUGCACGUGCAUUGCAGAACUCUGUUCUCAAGACAUGGCAGGGACAUCCCAAGAAUGUUGAAGCCGCACAGAAGGCUCUUUUAGCACGUGCAAAAGCUAACUCUCUAGCUCAACUUGGAAAGUAUACUGCUGAGGGCGAGAACGAGGAUGCUAAGAAAGGAAUGUUCUCCAAGGGCUACACCUACUAAGCCAGAGUUCAGUUGUUUCUCGGUCUCUACUAGACUUGUACUCACUAUUUUGCUUGCUUUUGCCUUUUUCUUUGUUAGCUAUGAGUGCUGAGGAGGCUUGCUAGAUAAGCUUAGUUUUGCUCAUUUGUUGUCUACUUGUUUU